AGGCGGGACAUCCACAGAAAGCCAUUCUCCAUUCCUCAGCUGUAUUUCCAAACCAUUGACCUGGUUUUGGUGAAGUAUGGCUAAGAAGCCUUUAUCAGUGUGAACAUUUGUUCCCACAUUAUUGCUGUUGCCGUUGUCGCUAUCUGGAGGUUUCCUGAAUCUAUUAUUUCCCGACGGCCACAUGAGAUUUGUGAAGCUUUGAACAGCUUCAGAAGCUGUUACCUCUGGAAUUCCCAUGCUUUCAUGGAGGGGGGCAUGGGGAAGUUGUCCGACAUAGCCAUAGAACACCAAGUCAGAAGUGUUCCUAGUUUUGAUCUCGAGUGGCAGAUCGAACAGCUCUUCCAUUACAUCAAACACUUGCCUGUCUAGUUCACCUGAAACAUAAUCAUAUUGUGCUAUAAAAUAUCCAUACUCUUCAAGGGCUUUCUUCACAUUCUUGCAAUCUUCUGUCCAUGAAUCUGAACUGGUAUUUGUGUUUUUUCUUGACAGAUCAAAGAUCGGAAUCUUGGGAGUUGCUGCAUUAGAACUACUCAUCAUGUGAGUAAAUUACAACAGCAUUUUAAUCUGCUUGUUUUAAGCUGUGUGUGUGUUUGUGGUUUGGAAUAAAUAGGCACCACUUGAGCUUUAUAUUGUUGAUUCGAUAAUAGUAAAAAUUUGAACUGCAAUAGUAUUUUAGGUGAUAUUUUGAAAUGAAAUUUCAUAUAUAUAUAUAAACACACGGACGGAACUAUUAGGGGUUUGGGGUCACCUGCCUCCGGCCCCAAAAAUAUAUUUUAUAGUAAAAUUAUGUAUUUUCAAUAAUUUGACCCCUUUCCCCCUAUUUCUUAGUUUUUAUUUUUAUGUGUAAAAAUAAUAAAUAUUAUAACCGGCAUCGGUGCCAGAAGGUAUUGGAAUUUGGUUCUGACGGAGGAGUCAAGGUUAGUAUUUUGAUCCUUUCGGCAUUUGGACUCAUCUAUGAAAUGAUAUCUACAUCAAUCAAUUAUUUUUCAUGUGGUAAUGCUUUAUGAAUUUGUUUUGUUAAUCUUUGCAUUUAAACUUGAUUAUGAUUUUGUUGGCAGCGUCUACAAUCAUCUUUCCACAGAAGUUUUUUGUAGUUUUCGAAAAUUUUGGAAAUAGUAAAAAAAAGGUGGGUAUUUGGCGUGAUGUUUUGCGAGAGGAAAUAGCUUUGCGAUGCACUGAUGUAUGGAUCGCGCUCAUCGGCUGAGAUCUGGACCUCGGUUGGGCAUUAGUUGUCUAUCCCUACCAUCCAUUCCCUUCCCAUCCAUUCCUCUCGUGUUCGAUUGUUAUGGCCGCUUCCAUCUCCUCUAUCGAUUGACAGCGCAGCCGUCCCUCCUCCAGCUCCGCCUCCACCACUAGCAGGGCUGCUUUCCGUCUUUCCCUUCGCACGCGCUCCUUGGUGAAGAACAAAUAUUAUGAAUGUUCUUCAAAGGGGCAGCAAUAGUUGAAGAGGUUCACCAUCAAGACAAUGGAACUAAGGAGGCAAAUCGAGAUAUGACAGUCUGGUUCCCCUGGAGUUCGGAGAUCUCACUCUGGUUCGCGCCAAUCCUUUCACGGAAAUACUUACCCGGGCGCCCGUGAUGGCGUAAGCACGUCGCAAGUCAGCUAUCAUACCGGUUAUUGCAUUUUACACCAAUAAUUCACCAAAAGCAAAAAAUAAUAGACAAAUAGGCAAAAGAAAUAAAAUUCUUGUGUGGAGAUUGCAUUUACAAUGGCGAAGAGGCAUAAGAAGCGUGGGAUUAUACAAUUCUUGAUGAAGUAGGCUUAAUGUUCUAAUUCUAUUAGGGGCAGCUCACAUUAAUCAGAUCGAGUUUUAGGUGUGUUGCUACAUCACAAGCAAGUCAUCAUUCGUUCUUUUCCUUUUUCAAGACGGAAUUUUAGGAUGUCCAAGCCAGCAACAUACUUCUUGAUGAUAAAUAUGAAGUUAAGUUGGGAAGCCUCAGUGAGGUUUGUCCUCAAGAAAGUGAAACUCAUCAAAGGAGGAUCUCAAAGUUGCUCCGUUUGCCCAGAGGUUUAUGUGAAAGCAUUGGGAAAGGGUUCUCUGUUGCACCAUUGCACCAUAUCGGCAGAUUCAAAUUUUAAGCCAUACAAGCUUCUAGAGAGGCCGCCGCAACCACACCGCACAACCGCCUCCCAACCGCACGACGCCGUGGUCCCCCACCGCGCCAACUCAUCAUCCAUACCUUCAAUUUCAAUAAAUACCGCCACAAAUUCGCUACGACGACGAUGUACCUCACUCGACGUAGUAGGCGCCGGCGAUGGACCGUAUGGAUUGGCCUGAGCCGAUAAUCCGCGUUCAAUCGCUGUCAGACAGUGGACUCGCCGUCAUUCCCGAGAGGUACAUCAAGCCGCCGGAGUUACGACCGGAAAUAGGCUCCGAAGUAGUAAAUACAGGAGCUGAGAUUCCACUGAUCGAUCUCGGAGGUUUAGAUGACGAGAAAUCGAGCAUUCGAGAGACGACGCGGAGGCAGAUCUCCGACGCGUGUCGCCGGGGAUUUUUUCAAUUGGUGAACCACGGAAUCAGUCCGGAUCUGUUGGACCGAGCGCGGCAGGUUUGGCGCGAAUUCUUCCACCAGCCGAUGGAGGUCAAGCAACGCUACGCUAACUCUCCGGUGACGUAUGAAGGCUAUGGCAGCCGUUUAGGUGUGGAGGAAGGAGCUGUUCUUGACUGGAGCGAUUAUUACUUUCUCCAUUAUCUUCCCUGCAACAUCAGAGAUUUCAAAAAAUGGCCUGCUCUUCCAAGUUCCCUCAGGGAAGUAAUUGUAGAAUAUUCGGAGCAAGUUUUGAGACUAGGAGGCGUUCUUCUGAAGAUUUUAUCUGCAAAUUUGGGAAUGAAAGAAGACAGCCUCCGAAAUGCGUUUGGAGGAGACGAUAUUGGGGCUUGCUUGAGGGUUAAUUUCUACCCAAAGUGUCCGCAGCCGGAGCUCACCUACGGCCUCUCCCCACACUCCGAUCCCGGCGGCAUGACCUUUCUGCUGCCGGAUGCAACGGUGGCGGGGCUCCAAGUCCGCCGCGGCGACGGCUGGGUCACGGUGGCGCCGACUUCGCACGGAAUCAUUGUAAAUAUGGGCGAUCAAAUUCAGGUUUUAACCAAUGGAAUUUAUAGAAGCAUUGAGCAUAGAGUGAUCGUAAAUCCGAAUCGACCACGCAUUUCGCUGGCUUACUUCUACAACCCUAAGAGCGAUCUACUUAUUCAACCGAUUAAAGAAUUGGUGACACCGGAGAAACCCGCAUUAUAUUCUUCCAUGACUUUUGACGAAUAUAGACGCUACAUUAGAACUAAAGGUCCUAAAGGAAAAUCCCAAAUAGAAGAAUCGUCCAAAUGUCAAAAAUAAUAUAUAAAGAGAUAUAUAUAUGUUUUCUAUGUAAAUAUCUUUGUCAUUAGAAAAAAGAUCUUGUAAAGUUGCUCCAUUCAUAUGCUUAUAUGUUAUCAAAAGUCAAGAAUAUUUCUUAUUCCAUUGUAACUCUAGGGUUUGUUUAAUUAAUUCUAUUAUUUUACUGUGA